UGAAAAGAGUUGAAAAAAGUGGAUCCACUUUCUUAAAUCUUGUUUUAUGUGGAAAUAUUUUGAACACCGUAAUUUUUAUAUCUUGACACCCAAAUACCAAAUUGCCACAAAUUGUUUGCUGGUUCUGGGACUAGAUGCAAGGAAGGAUGACUGAUGACAACAAUCAAAACAGGGAUAAACCGCAAGAUGAAAGAUUCUUAAAUGGUGAUUUUUUUCGUUGAAGUUGACAAAAGAUUUUUUUGACUCCUACGAAAAUCAGCGGUGGAUGGUUGCUCCAAAAUCUUGUCACGAGUGUGUACUACCAAGGUGGUUGUUGCUUUUAGAUCUUGUCGUUUCUGCGAUGCAUAGUGCACUACACUCCAAUUUGUCUGUGCUUUCUUCAGAUAUACAGUACUAGCUUGUUUUCACUCCUCACUUGAGCUUUUCUACAGUACGCUUCAGCUUGCUAAUAAUUGAAGCAUGGAACCGGCUGCAGAAUGGGUACCUUGCAACAUCCAACUGGCGUACUGGACCAUGGUCCAUGGAGCCGCCAUCAGCAUGGUCUCCUGGCGGCGUUCCCUCACAGAGUCUGAAUCCAAUGAGAUAUAUGGUCCAGGAUUGGUGUCCCUAGCAAUUAGUCCGACCGAGGGCAGCUUGUUGAGUGCUAUGCAUAUAUAAUCCACACACCAUUUCCCAAUUGAGAAGAGAAAGAAGCCCGAGAGUCGUCUGAUGAGGUCGUUCUGGCUUGUGAGUACUACAACAGAGGACGCCAAGGCGGAUCAAUGGCUGACCGAGUUCUUCUACACCAACCGCAACGGCAUCCACCAUGACGUCUGGCUGCUCGAGAACCAGCUCCCCUGGAAGGUGGUCGAGAGCAUCUUGAACUUGAGGCCGGUGAACCUGGAGAAGUUCGUUGGUGCAUGGAAAGAGAGUCUGCAUGACCGCAAGGAUCUGAUCAAAGGAGGAAAGCCUGCUUUCGCCAUGGAUUACGACGACCCACCGCAUCUCCUUGGCCUCCUCCGGCACUACAUUGUUGGGAGGAGAACAAAAGCCUGGAAGCCCAAGGAUAAAGACCAGUUCAAGUCACUGUCAUUUUCUGUCAGUGCCAUCGAGCUCGCCAAAAUCGGCAUCACUCUCACAGUCAACGAAACGGGCAAGCUCGUUGACAUGGGCCUCGACCAUGGGAACUUCUCCGCUGAGCUCUCAUUGGCGCCGCUGUCCCUCAACUAUGCACGCGCGAGCCGGCUCGUCAACAUGGCUGCUCUCGAGAUUUGCUGCUUGACCCCAACUACUCUUACAGAUAUCAUUGAGGACUCAGCCGUCUGCUCGUAUCUUCUCCUCCUGUCGAUGCUGGUGCAGAAGGAGGACGACGUGCACGAGCUGCGAAGACAUGGUAUCCUGGAAGGAGGAGCUGGGCUAACCAACAAGCACGUGCUCGACUUCUUCACAUGCCUUCAGAGCCUGCCCGAUGGGUUAUGCUCUACCUUGACCUUGUUGCAGAUUGAGGAUUACAAGAUGAACAGGAAGAUAGUAACCAAGGGCCACUCGUUUUGGUACAAGCACAAGAGUACCAUCUACAAGAUCAUAUCCGCCAUUGGUUUCUUGGGUACACUUGCUGGCCUCUUACAAAAAUUCAAGUCUCCUUAAUUUCAGCCGCCGCCCCUUGAUCAUAUAGUAUCUUCUGUUCUGGCCUCUUACAAAAAUUCAAGUCUCCUUAAUUUCAGCCGCCGCCCCUUGAUCAUAUAGUAUCUUCUGUUCUACUAUUUAUUAUUAUCCAUUACUGUAUUUGGUAGUAAUUUCUUUUGUAGCUACAUGUAAUUAACUGUCCUUCUCAAUGUACCUGAAUGCCGUUUAAUUUGCAGCAAAACGUUUGCUUAGCCUUCUGAUUUUUCUCGAGCUACUGUGUUCUGUAACAGUUUGCC